GUCAUAGUAACGUUAACGACUUACGAGUCUACACGACAUUUCAGCCUGGUUUUUAUCAGUCAACGCGCUAGUGUUGAAAAUGCAAAGGACUGUGCCCAGCCUCCCACUGGCGCCCUCAGUGAAGGUAAAACUCAUCAAUGCGGGUUUCCAAGUGGCCUCAGACUUGAUUGACAUGCGUCCUCUUCAGCUCUGCAAAGAGGCAGGUAUAUCACAAGAGGAGGCGGUGGAGGUGUUGCAGAUGUUGAGGGAUGAUGCUCAUCCCCACCAGCAGAGGGCGGCAACAGAGAGCUUAACAGCCCUGGAUCUUCUGCACCAGGAGCAAACUCUGGGGAGCAUUGUAACAUUCUGCUCAGGCCUGGAUAAUGCCCUUGGAGGGGGUGUGCCUGUGGGAAAGACCACAGAGAUCUGUGGAGCCCCUGGUGUCGGAAAAACUCAGCUAUGCAUGCAGCUGGCUGUGGAUGUGCAGAUUCCUGUGUGUUUUGGAGGCCUGGGAGGAAAGGCACUGUAUGUAGACACAGAAGGCAGUUUCUUGGUGCAGAGGGUUGCUGAUAUGGCGAAGGCAGCCGUGCAGCACUGCACCCUCCUAGCAGAGGAUACAGAACAGAAACAAGCUUUAGAGGAACUUACAGUCGAGAAGAUCUUGUCCAACCUCUUCUUGGUCCGUUGCCAUGACUAUGUAGAGCUGUUAGCUGAGGUUUACCUCCUACCUGACUUCCUGUCUGAGCAUCCUGAGGUGCGGUUAAUAGUGAUUGACAGCAUUGCCUUCCCAUUCCGCCAUGACUUUGAGGAUCUUUCUCAGAGGACCCGCCUCCUGAACGGCCUUGCCCAGCAGCUCAUCCAACUAGCAACACAACACAGUUUAGCGGUUAUUUUGACCAAUCAGAUGACCACAAGAGUUUCAAAUGGCCAAUCCAAGCUGGUUCCUGCAUUAGGUGAGAGUUGGGGUCAUGCCGCGACACAGAGGCUCAUCCUGCAUUGGGAGGGACUGAGGAGGCUUGCCUCCCUCUACAAAUCCCCAAGUCAAAUGGAGGCCACAAUUCAGUAUCAGAUUACAGUCCAGGGUUUCAGGGAUGCCCCAGAUGAACCCAGGCAUGCAUCACCUUCAGGAAACUACAGCAAACGCCCUCGAAUGGAGGAUCUGUCUUGAGGAUCUGUCAGGAAUGUACAGAUAUAUUUAUAUAUUAUAUGAAAACUCAAAUAAUAACAAUUAGUUCUUGGAUUAUUAAUAUAAUAAAGUAUAGAAUAUCGA